AUGCUGUCUUGUGAAAAACUUGGCGAGGUCCUGACUCUACUGACGAGCAAAAACUGGAAGGAGAGAAAAGAGGGUCUGGAGAAAAUCGAUGAAGUGCUCAAGGCGAAUCCCUUCAUUACUGGGGGCCCUGAUAUGCAGGAACCGCUCUCAGUUAUCGCUAAACUUUGCACAGAUGUUAACAAAAUUCUCGGAAAGACCACGCUCGGGUUGAUGGAGGCAUUUGCAAAGGCGCUGUCGAAAGCAGAUUCGAAGAAACUUCUCAAAUAUGUUGAGCCCCACAUCCUGCCAUGUUUUGGUGACUCCAAACCGCAAUUUCGUGAAGCCGCUGUUUCUGCACUGAGUGCUUGGGAAAGUAAAUGCGGAUUUAUUCCAAUGACAGAAAACGAUGUGCUCACCGAAGCCCUGAAGGCUGAAAAUCCAAACCUGCGUGCCGAGUUGAUAGGAUGGUUAACCGCCGCCCUAGCGAAUCAAAAGUUGAACACGAAGGCCGCAAUCAACGCUGGCCUCUCCCCAGACUUUGGCCCAACUCUAGCCACCAUGGUUUACGGCAUCUGUGAGGAUCGUAAUCCAGAAGCUCGCCAACGGGCCCAGAAAAUUCUCCCUGUGCUCAUUCGCUCUCUUGGUCUCGACACAAUGCAGAAAGCUCUCAAGAAACUAAAGAUCACAAAUCAAGAUGUAAUUGGGCCUCUCUUGGAGAAGGCAAAAGAACAGGUGGCUGCUGAAGAACCAGCGGCUCCUCCUCCUGCUCAGAAGACCAUUCGUGGAGGUGGUGGUGGAGGUGUUAAGAAAGCUCCUACUCAGGAAGAGGAGACGCCCGAACCCCCUGCCGCUACUCCCGAUUUUGACGAAGAGGUCUCAACAGCUACUGUAAAACCUGCAGGAGGCAAAAAGCCGCCUGCCAAGAGACCCACUAUGACUUCGAAAAGAUCGGCCGCUCUCGAGCAGGCUGAGGAGGCUGCUUCGGUCGUUCCUCUUCAAAUCAAUAAUCUUCGAGAGGCUCGAAUGCAGGAUGAGAAAAAACGCAAGGUAUGCUUUCGCCACAUCAGUUUUGUGGUCUCUAUUGUAACUCUCCAUUUCAUGUCGAUUUGGUUUCUCGGUGUUGGCGGAGCACUGAGGGCUGACCGCAAUGUUCUCUUUUUGAUGUUCGGUGUUAAUUAUCAUAAUGCAGGUUAUACUUUAUGA